UUUCGGGAGUCCCGACUCUCCCGCGGGGACCUCGAACGCCUCCGCGGCCCCUUCACGCGCCGCUCUCGCGGAUCGGACAUGACAUCAAACCGCGCGCACGCCAGUUUUCCGCAUUCCUGCACCGCCUUCCGCAGGUGAACGCAGCUGUCCACGCGUGUUGCGGAGCGAACGUCAACUCAAAGAAGGAUUAAAAGGAUUCAAAUUGAACACACAGAGAACCCCCGCGGAGUCUGGAGAGGAGGAGGAUGCGCUGACGGAUCCGCGGUGAGUGUCCGAGUCGUCCAGCUGCGCGGAGCCCGGCGGCGCUGUCGCUCUUUACGGCUUUUUUCGGUCCUGUUUUGGUGCUGCCACUGGAAGGAUCAUGAACCGCAUGUUUGAAUAGCCAGCUCUGAAGUAACAGCAGCAAAGAGGAGAAGCGAGAGAAGCAUGGCCGUCUUCAAGGCUGAGAACGUGGAGGACCUCUAUGAGAUCGGGGAAGUUCUGGGAAGUGGCCACUUUGGUCAGGUGAAAAGGGUCUCCGAGAGGUCGACUGGAAUCAGCUGGGCGGGAAAGUUCCUGAAAAUCCGGAGAAAAGGCUGCAGCCCCUUGGGGAUGGACAGAGCCAGCGUGGAGCACGAGGUGGAGAUCCUGCAGGCUCUGAAGCAUCCCAACAUCGUGAUGCUCAAGGACGUUUUCGAGAGCCGAUCAGAGGUGGUGCUGGUUCUAGAGCUCAUUUCUGGAGGCGAGCUGUUCGACUUCAUCGCUGAAAAAGACAACCUCCUGGAGAUCGAGGCCAUCGAGUUCAUGAAGCAGAUCCUGCAGGGACUGAAGUUCAUGCACCACAGCAACAUCGCUCACUUCGACCUGAAGCCAGAGAACAUCAUGCUGUCCAAUAAAGUGACUCCUCACCCCAACAUCAAACUGAUCGACUUCGGCCUGGCGCACCAUUUUGUCCCGGGGCAGGAGUACAAGAGCACAAGUGGCACGCCUCAGUAUGUUGCCCCAGAAGUGAUCAGCUUUGAGCCACUGAGCACCGCAGCAGAUAUGUGGAGCAUUGGAGUCAUAACCUACAUUCUACUGAGUGGUAUGUCACCAUUUCAAGGUGAUACCGACGAAGAGACUCUGAGGAAUGUCGUGGCGAUGAAGUACGAGUUUGAAGAUCUUUACUUCAAGACGACCAGCUCCAUGGCUAAAGAUUUCAUCCAGAAGCUUUUAGUGAAAGAUCCCAGAGAGAGGAUGACUGCAGAUGAGUGUCUGCUUCAUCCAUGGAUCAAGCCCAUCACACGCAAACAGGUGGCCAACCGGAAUCGCUCCUCCAUCAAUAUGAGGAGCUUCAAGAGGUUCAACGCCAAGAGGAAGUGGAAGAUGUCCUUCAACAUGGUGUUUGUUUGCAACCGGCUGGCAAACCUGAGGCUUCUGUGCAAACACAGAUCUAAUCCCGAUCUACUACAGAGACAAUGUGAGAGUGACGGGGAAGACUCUGAGACCAACCCCAGCUCUCUGUUACGCCGACGACUCAGCAGCAGUUCCUAAGAUGACCAGCAGAGGCCAGCAGAGUCCUCCGAACCAGUUCUAUGAGGAAAAGCUUGUUUUCAUGGAGUAUACACAGGUUUCCUGGUAUUUCUCACCGAUGACGUCUUCAUCAGGCAGGUUUUAGAGAUUGUUUCCGGUCAGAAACAUUGUUUCACGUGUCGUCAUGUGACGGCAACACCAGAGCAUCACAGUUUCUGUGGUUCAGGAUGAACUGAUGGGUUCAUAUGAUCAGAACUUCAAGUAGGUGGUAAAGUGUGCUCUUUUUUUAUGCUGCCAUGAAAUGUGAGGAAUUAAACAUCUGUGAGCUUUUAUCCAGAUUUAUUUAAAAUCUUUAAUGAUGCACAAGAAACAGCAGCUAUUUAUGCUGGUGCUUUUUUAUUUUUAUUGUCUUUAACCACGUUUUCUGACACCUAAAUGUUGUGUAUUUUUUACGUUUGCAUUGGCGAUUAAGAUUGUGUUUCUAUGUUAAAAAAAAGUAAAAAUGACUGUUUGUGUGAUUUGGUGUGUUUAAUAAACAGAUCAUUAAAAAACU